UGGACAAACUCUUGUAAACAAAGCUCUUAAUUAAUUAAUAAUAUGAGUGACAAUAUGGGAUGGGGUGUUGGUGAGCUGAUUGGAUUGCAAUGUGAAGCAGUAGCACGUGUUGGUGUUGCUGAGCGUGCAUGAAGAUGAUGCAGAUCGUAUGUACGCGGGCGGGCGGGGGAGAAGAAGAAGAAGGAGGAGGAGGGUGAAAAUGAUGCGGCCAUCAAGAUAAGAUAUACAGAAAGCUACCUGGAUCAGGAUGGCAUAUGGUUGGCUCGGCCCUGGAUUGGAUUGGAUUGAAAAUUUAAUUAGGGCAGCAUGCAGAAAGAAUGUUGGGGAGGGGAGAGCAGGUACAUUAUUAAAUUACAUACCUAGCUGGUUGGUUAAGUUUUAGAUAUUGUGAUUGUAUUACUACAUAUACUAUUCGUAUGCAGUGUGCAAUGCAAGAAAGGUGAGGGUGGGGUUUGUUACAGCAGCCAAGAUGCAUGCCCCAUCUAACUUGCGAUUUUGUAUAUUCAUUCAUUCCAUUCAUUUAGUAGUCCUUAUCUUCUUGUUCCUGUUGCCUGUUGUCUGUCCUGCCUCCAAAUCUCAAUCUCAAUCAAACACUAGCUAUCAAUUAAUCACUGGAGUCGCGGUGAGUUGAGUUGAGGAUACUCAUCACGUACACGUACACGUACGCCCCUCCUCCUCCUCCUCCUACUCCCCCACCCUACAUGCCACGCCGCCUGCAUUGAUUCCCUUUCCCUCUAAGGCCUACUACCUCUACUACUACUACUGCUACUCCCAUGACUAUGACUAUGACCACUUUGUCACUGCAAUCAAACAUCCUCCUCCUCCUCCUAGCCCUGGCCGGUUUCCUCUCCUUCUCCUCCUCCUCCUCCCCAUCUCCUUCAUCCUCCCCUAUUCCCCCUUCAGCUGCUCCCGCUAAUAACAAUACUAGUAAUAAUAAUAAUAUGGGCAUGGACAUGGCCAUGGCUGUGGCUGAGAUGCAGAGGGCCAACUACUUUGCCUUCGCCAUGCUCAUCAACAUGGCCCCCCCGGACCUGGUUGAGGCCAACGUCACCUUCCUCAUGCCCAGCGACAAGUCCCUCUCCCAGGCCAACUUGGCCGGGGCCUCCAUCGCCGACUUCCUGCUGCGCCACUCCAUCCCCUGGCCCCUCCUGUUCGAGCACAUGGACCACUUCCCCACCGGAUCCAUUAUCCCCACCUCCAAGCCCGGCUUCGUCCUCAAUGUGGUCAACCACGGCACCCCCCGCCUCUUCUUCAACAAUGCCCGGACCACCAGCCCCAACAUCUGCACCCAUGGGCCUUCAAUCAGGUGCCAUGGCAUAGAUGGGGUGCUGCACCCUUCCCUGCUGCCUCCUGCAGAUACUGCUACCUGCCCCCCUGCACCAGCAGCAGCAGCAGCGGCACCCACAGCUCCAGCCCAUGCUCCUCCUCCGCCUCGCCCUUCUUCAGCAGGUAAUAUCCCACAGCCACCAUCACCACAACCCCCAGAGUCGGUGGAGGUUGGGGCUGAUGAUGAUAACCCUCCUAAAUCAGAUGCUUCUCUGGAUCUGAUGCGCAUUGGCAGAGUUUGUUUCUUUGUAGCAGUGCUCACCUGCUUGAUUAUACUGUAAGCCAGCUAGGAGGGGUCGUCUGGACCAUAACAGCCAGAUGACGGAUACAGGAACCGUGCAUAUCAUAUGCAUCACAUCACAUAUAUCCGCACACACACUCACUCAUACAUAUAUACAUACAUACAUGCAUGCAUACAAUUAAUCAAUGCGGAAUUCAUGUUGCAAUUGCAACGGAUUAAUCAACAAUGUCUCGUCAUCAAACAUGCUCCCUUAUGUGGGUCUCAACUAUUACUGUCGCAAUUGUAAUUGAGUU